GCCGCCGCAGCUGCCGACUGAGAAAUCCCUGCCUCAAGCGCACGCUAGCCUUUACCGCAGGCUCAAGGCGAAGCCAAAAAGAGUCUCUCCAUGGAUGUAUUCCAGGGGCGCGGGGGGCUGUGUCUAAAGGUUUGUUGGAGCCGGACCCUUGAUAGAGCUAGGAGGCUGCGGCGCCUCACGCCACUCCCCGCCCCUGUCAUUCCUAAGGUUCCACAGGUCUUGACGGUGGCGAGUCUGUCAGCCCUACUCGGCGGCCAGCUUCCCUUCCUCGAUCGCUUGCGCCGGCCGGCCUGGCCCAAACGUCCGCUUCAGAGGGCUGGGAGGCGCACCUGAAGCCGCGGUGGCUUGUGCGCGUCUAUUAGUAGGCGCACGGUAGUGAUGGCGGCGCUCAGUGAGACUUUCCUGUCACUGGCUACUACUACUCCCAGCCCUCCUCAAAGCAGCCGGAGCAACCCCCCGGUCUUUAAUUUACAAGUAGCAAUUUGACUUGCUCUACUGCAUGUCAGGUGGGACCGUGGGAAGUGUGGAGACGCCCCGGGGAUUAAGCGAUAGCAGCUUAAAAAGAAAAAAAGCCAAACAAAUAAACAAAACCCAUCCACCCUAACAAACAUGAGGCUACUGGAGAGAAUGAGGAAAGAAUGGUUCAUGAUUGGAAUAGUAUUGGCGAUCGCCGGAGCAAAGCUGGAGCCGUCCAUAGGGGUGAAUGGGGGACCACUGAUGCCAGAAAUAACUGUCUCCUACAUUGCUGUCGCAACAAUAUUCUUUAACAGUGGAUUAUCAUUAAAUCCGGAGGAGCUGACAAGUGCUUUGGUGCAUAUAAAACUACAUCUUUUUAUUCAGAUCUUUACACUUGCAUUCUUCCCAGCAGCAAUAUGGCUUUUUCUUCAGCUUUUGUCAAUCACACCCAUCAAUGAAUGGCUUUUAAAAGGGUUGCAGACAGUAGGUUGCAUGCCUCCCCCUGUGUCUUCUGCAGUGAUUUUAACCAAGGCAGUUGGUGGAAACGAGGCAGCUGCAAUAUUUAAUUCAGCCUUUGGAAGUUUUUUGGGCAUUGUUGUAACACCCCUGCUACUGCUGCUUUUUCUUCACUCCUCCUCUUCUGUGCCUUUUACAUCUAUUUUUUCUCAGCUUUUUAUGACUGUUGUGGUUCCCCUCAUUAUUGGACAGAUUGUCCGAAGAUACAUCAAGGACUGGCUUGAAAGAAAGAAGCCUCCUUUUGGCGCUGUCAGCAGCAGUGUGCUGCUGACGAUCAUCUACACCACCUUCUGUGACACGUUCUCGAACCCAAAUAUCGACCUGGAUACAUUCAGUCUCAUUCUCAUACUGUUCAUAAGCCCCUACAUUCUUCUACUUGGUCUCCUGUCUCCUGACUGUUCCAUCUUGCUCCUGCCGCCCUCAAGUUCUAGAAGUUACCAAAGGAUCUGUUCUUGGCCCUCGUUUCAUCAUUCACGUUUCGUGCUUAGGCAGCCUCCUCCGUGCUACUGGCUCGAGCUCUCAGCUUCCUGCUGAUGAAGCCUAGACUUUCCACUGCACUGUUUUCUGGAGCUCUGGCACUGCUCAUCACUUACCGUUUGGAUAUCUUCACCUGACUGUCUUAACAAGACCUCACACUCAAAAUAUUCAAAAUGGAAUUAAUCUUUUUCCCCAGUACUUCCUCUUCCUCUCAUAUUUUUUCAUGGAACUACCAUCCACGGAGUUACUCAGACUGGAAUCCUUCACAUUAUUAUUUUUGAAAUGUCUUGAUCCUACCUCAGUAGUAAUAUUUCUUGUGCUUUCAAAGCCUCUUCCCUAAUUCAGGCUCUCGUUGCCUCUUUCUCCCUAGACUAUUGCCAUGGAUGUCUUACUGUUAUUCUUCAUUUCCAGACUGAACUUUUCUUGUGUAUUUCAUACUGCUUCCAAUAACUCAGAGUCCUGAUAAUAGGUCUCCUGUUCAGAGACCUUCAAUGGUCAGCCAGUGCCUGCAGAAUGAGGUUCAUUUUGGGGGGCUAAGUGAACCACUACUAGCAUUCACACUAUCUAAGCUUUAGGCUGAGGUAAAAUCCUUGCUGUUCCCUGGAAGAACCUCAAGCAUUCUCAUUUCUGUCCCUUGCUUAGGCUGACCCCAUGUCAAAAUUCGUCUCCAUGUCCUAGUUCAUCUUUCCUGUUCUUAAAGCCUCACUUCUUCCACCAGUAUUAUACAUUCAACAGAUAUGACUUAGGCCUUUGGUAGGAGAAUGUUACCAUAGUGAAUACCACAAAUAAUGAUUUUGAUCCUGUAUGAGUUUAUAGACUAGAUAUAUGCAUUGGUAACUGAGUGUUCUCUUAGUGAGACAGUAACACAACCUGGAGUCAAUUCAAAGACGAAGGCGCUUCCAAAGAGAGUGGUAGAACAAGACUCCAUGGAAGAGAUGGGAUUUGACGUGAGUCAUAAAGAAUAGCUAAUUAUUCAGCAAACACAGAUGCAAAGAGGGAGUUCUUGGAAGAAGAAAUAGGAAAGCAAAUGUAGACAUGCAAACACACACACACCCACACCUGGUGGAACAAUAGGAGUAGAGGAAAAUUAAAAAUAAUAAUAGUAACUGGAAAAGUAAGCUUGGGCCAGAUUGCGAGGGCCUUGAAUGCCAGGUGCUGGCAAUGAGCUGCCACAAGGGAAGGGGCCUGCGUUGUUUAUGGGGCCUGAAAUAGCGUCAGAGCGUGGAUGGCUCAGGCCUCACAUUAGGCACUUGGCUCUUAGAGCACUUGCUAUAGCACGAGGCCAGUUGUAAACAGUCAAUAAAAAUUUAUUGAUUGGUGUAAUUUGAAGCAUUUUCCCAAGCUUGUGGUUGUGAUUUAUGAAGUAAGAGUAGAGCCUGGAGCCAUUAAGUCACAGAGAAAAUGUGACUUAAUUGGGUAAGUCUGAGAGUAGGAGCUAUUUUAAAGUUCUUUGUGUAAAUGGCUUGUUACCUCACCUUCGAAAAGAUGUUUGCCUUCCGAUGGCUGUUUGUUUGCUGGUCCUUGUGGCAGAAGUAAUCCUCAGACCCAGUCAUCCUAUCAUAUCAGACUGUCAGUGACUGAAAAAUUCCUUGCAAAGCACAGAACAGCCGCUAUUGGGAUUGCUGAAGGAGGGCUGUAUCACAACUAGUUGAAUUCGAAGUGAGAAUUUUCAGCAUGGAGUAGGCUGGACCUUCAUAAAGCCUUGUGGUUUUGAGGCCCUUCUAUUCUGCCUUAUCCUGCCUUCACUAAAGUUCCGUUGUGUUUUGAACUUGCUUGGCCCACUGCCAGGCAUGCAUGUUCUUUGGUAAACAACAGAAUAUGGAGUAGCUGUAAUCGUGCUCCUGGGCAGUGGUUGUGUAGCCCCAAAAUAUGCCAUUAAAAUUUGGAGAUGUUUCAAUUAGACAAAAUUUAUGAUUUUCCCAUUCUAUUUUCAUGCUGGAAGACCCCAUAGCACUUGAGGAUUUUAUUGGAGGAAUGAAAAAUACCAACAUUUAUUGAACCCUACUCUGUGCCAGGCACUGUGCUAGGGAUUGUGCAUAUGUUAUUUUGUGUAAGUCUGACAGCAAAAGACUAGGUUACUAUGCAUUUUUGUUGCUCCUUUGCAGAUGAUGACCCACACUUAGAGUAGUUUAGGGACUUGCCUAAAAUCAGAUUUCGGUAGUUUAGUAACUUACCCAAAAUCAGAUGGCAACUACUGCACUUAGAACUGGAAUUCAUCUCCAUUUGACAUUUCCAAAAGAAUUUACCCGUGCUUUUUCCACUGCACUAAACUACUUCAAUUAAUUUUAAUGUUCACAAUACUUGUUUUGGUUGGGGAAUUUGUAGAGAGCAUAUAACUGGAUUCUCCAAGUUCACACACACACAGAUUAGUCAAAGAUACCAAGAGUUAGAACUAGGACCCAUUGGUUUCUUCUUUGAGUUCUUUUCUUUUCCUACUUUUUGUUCCUUCCUUCUUAAAAUUAGUGAAAUUGGCCUGUGGUGGGUUUUUUCUUUUCUUUUACUUGCCAGUUCAGUAAAGCUAAAACCAAUCCAGCUAUCCAGAGACAAAAAUCUCAACAUAGAAAUCAGUCUGUCUUUUUUUGUACAGCAUGCCACUGACCUCUGAUGAUGGAAGUUUAGCAUAAACCAGGAGAGGCCCAGCCUAGAAAAUUCAACUUCCCUGAAACACUUGUUUACCUGGUUAAUAUUUCUUAGGUUUACAGACCUGACAUGUUACCAUUGUGUAACAUGUCAUUGUGUCUGGCAGGGGAGCCUCUUCUACUUUGAGUAUUUAAAAUACAUUUGAGAGUUGUUAUUCUGUGUUCACAUUUAUCUGUCCACAGAAGAGCGUCAGGGUUAAAAAUUCCAACUCUGGAGUCAGACAGACUCAAGUUUCAAUCCUGUUUAAUAACUUUGUAACUUUUGUCAGUUUCCUCAUUGAUAAAAUGGAGAUAGUAGUAGUACCUAUCUCAUAGGGUCAUUUGGAGAAUUAAAUAAUACACACAUAAAGCCCUCAGCAUAAUACCUAGUAUAUAGUAAGUGCUCAAGAAAUGUUAGCCGGGGCUUCCCUGGUGGCGCAGUGGUUGCGCGUCCACCUGCCGAUGCAGGGGAACCGGGUUCGCGCCCCGGUCUGGGAGGGUCCCACAUGCCGCGGAGCGGCUGGGCCCGUGAGCCAUGGCCGCUGAGCCUGCGCGUCCGGAGCCUGUGCUCCGCAACGGGAGAGGCCACAGCGGAGG